CCAAGUCUCUCUCUUGCUUUCAUUCUACACCCAAGCAGUGGAAACACAACAGACUACUGAGACGUCCAUGGUCCUUUCUCGAUGAUCAGACUACCUAGCUGUUUCCCACUUGUUCUUCUGAGUGGGAACUGCUUCAGUAGGCCUCAAAUUUGUCUACAAGUCUAGUUUUCAUAAUGUAAGGAAUGUCAUAAACAGAUGAGGAACUUUUGUCAUGCUGCGGGUUGGAAAUUUAAAAAGGAGUGGGUGAUAAAGUUUUUUUGAGAUGUGUAGGAGGUAUGGUGAAUGUUUCCUCAUGCCGUGGUGGCGAAAAAUGUUCAAGAAACAGAAGAAAGGUCUGCGGAUUGAAAUCUCGAAGCCAGACAACUUUGAGCAUCGCGUCCACACCGGGUAUGACCGCGACUCGGGAAAGUACAUGGGGCUUCCCCGUCAGUGGGCCAACAUCAUUGGGGCUGACGAGAAGAGGCCAAGCCCCAUUGUGGACCCGUCGCUCAUCACUCCAACAGAAGUGACCGGGUUGAAGCACAUUGUCCGUGGUCCAAGCUCACCGACCGGCGUUGGUCAAUCCAAUGGCUUUGAACCCAAGAAGAUAUCAGUAGCUAGAUCCAACUCACUGCGGAAUCAGAACCAGUCCAGGUUACGGCAACGAAGAGAACAGCAACCACAGGUUGUGGAGUCACCACAUGAAGGUGAUGGGAUACCAUCGCAUCCAUACGACCAGCCUCCGCCAAGUUACUCAACGCUGCCCCGAGAACAAGGUCCCAGGGGACAUCCCGGACCCAGGGGUGACCCGGGCUACCCAGACCAUCACGCCAGAGGCAGAAUGGACAGCCAUGGUAAUUCAUACGACCCCCGCCACAGGGAUCCAAACCACAGAGGGGGUACGAUGGACAGGAGAAACAUGCCCCCGAGACCCCAGUCCCAGCACGGCGAACCAGGCAAGGGGAACUAUGAUCAAAUGGACAGACAGAGAGGGAUGAAUGAACAAGGGCAGAGACCCAAGUCAAACUAUGACUGGCCGGUGGAACAAAAAGGACCUGUGAAAGACCAAGGUAGCAUGCAACGCCACGGUCGGGAACCAGCGAACGACCAUGGAAGUAUGCAGCGCCAUGGGCGGGAACCGGUAAAUGACCUUGGCAGUAUGCAACGCCACGGUCGGGAACCACCGAAAGACAACCGUAAUAAUAGUAGGUCGGAGAGCUUCGGGAACAGACAGGAAUUGGACCAGCAGCAGCAGCGUGGGACAAGGGAGCCACCAAGAGAUGGACAUGCGCCAGGUCAGGGCAGUCGGCAUCCAGAUCCAAGGCAAAUGGAUAGGGACAGGAGACCACCAGACAACAGAGGACCAGAGAGAGCACCCCCUCCCCAGCACCAUGGUCAGAAUGGACCACCAGGGAGAUUCCAAGGCAGACCCCCUGGUGGCCAGCCACCACCCCACCAAGGGGGACCUCCACCUCACCAAGGAGGGCAUCCACCCCAGGGUGGGCAUCCUGGCGGACCUCCGAUGACACAGCGCGACGGGCCACAGGGCGGCCAUCCAGGCAUGAACCAUGCGAACCAUUCGGCCAGACACCCAGGAGGACCUCAGGGGAGGGGACCUUCUCCUCGUGAGCAUCCGGGGCAGCCGGGCCCAGGAGGCGAUAACCGAGGCGUGGGGCAUCCGCCUUCAUCUCAGUCUUCCAAUACUUUUCCAAGGCAGCAUCCACAAUCGAACUAUCCAGUGGACGAUUUCUCCCGCAUGAGUUUAGAUCGUAACGAGCAUCCCCGAUCCCCAACUUCCUCACAUUCUUCCGACAGUCACCACAUGCCACACAACGGGCCGAAUGCCCACCAUCCCCAACAAGGUCAGCCCGGUUACCCAGGGCCCCAAAAUAACUUCAACCCCCAUCAGCAGAGUCAUCCACCUCAGUCGGGACCCAACGGUGGCCCAAAUGGUGACCCUGGGCCCAACAUGCAACCGGGUCCCCACCACCAGCACCCACAGCAACCACCUCCCCAAGGGUUCCAGGGCCCCACCCCAACCCCGGCCGGCGAGCAGCGCGUGUCACAUGAACAGUUCAGGGCGGCCUUGCAGAUGGUGGUCAAUCAGGGCGACCCGCGGCAUCACUUGGACCAUUUUGUGAAGAUCGGAGAGGGCUCCACUGGGAUCGUGUGCAUCGCCACGGAGAGAGGGAGCGGACGUCAGGUAGCGGUCAAGAAGAUGGACCUGAGGAAACAGCAGAGGAGGGAGCUGCUUUUUAAUGAGGUUGUGAUCAUGAGAGACUACAAGCAUGCCAACAUCGUUGAGAUGUACAACAGCUACCUUGUAGGAGACGAACUCUGGGUUGUAAUGGAGUUCUUAGAAGGAGGGGCCCUCACGGACAUUGUCACCCACACGCAUAAGUUGGAGGAGGAGAUGAUAGCGUAUGUGUGCAAGGCCAUCCUGAAGGCAUUAGCAUUUCUACAUUCUCAAGGUGUCAUACACAGAGAUAUUAAGAGCGAUAGUAUACUGCUUACACAUGACGGCAAGGUCAAGCUGUCCGAUUUUGGUUUCUGUGCCCAAGUGUCGUCAGACAUGCCCAAGAGGAAGUCGCUGGUGGGCACCCCGUACUGGAUGGCUCCAGAGGUGAUCUCACGGCUACCGUACGGACCAGAGGUUGACAUUUGGUCAUUAGGUAUCAUGGUAAUGGAGAUGGUGGACGGUGAGCCUCCAUUCUUCAAUGAGCCUCCACUGCAAGCCAUGAGACGCAUCCGAGACAUGCCCCCUCCUAAACUCAAGAAUCCUCACAAGGCCUCACCCAGACUGCAAGGGUUCGUGGAAAGAAUGCUGGUACGCGACCCCACCCAGCGAGCCUCUGCCUUUGAGCUCCUUCAGCAUCCGUUCCUGCGCACAGCCGGACCGGAUGCUACCCUCCUCAACUUAAUGAGACAACUCAGACCCAAGUGAAGUCUUCAUGGUAACAACUAUUGUAGAAAGUCUAUGCCUCAUUGUAUAUUAUUACUUGUAUAUUAUUACUGGAUAAUUACAUCGGCUUUUAGAGUGGGCUGAUUGUGUAUUAUUUCCGGAAGAAUUUUUUUGUAUCAGCUUUAACCAAAUAAUAUGGAAAUGGGGAAGACCUAACUGAAAGUGAAGGUGCAUCACUGGGUUUGUUAACCGGGAGAAUUUUUAGCCCUAAAGAGUUAAGUGUGAACAUUCCACUUAAUCCAGAGAAUCUUUUUGUAAAUUUUUUCCUUAACACAGAGAUUCUCAGGAUUAAAGUGUGAUAGGGGCUACAAUGUAAAAAUUACCUAGUUAUGUACCAUAGAUUGCACAACAAAAUUAGUAUUCAUUUCUAAAUAGGUCCACAUGUAACAUUAAAGCCCAGUUCAUACUUCUUGCAAAUACGAAUGCGGUACAAAUUUUGACGUUGCAAAUUCACCUGCGAAACAUUUUUGCUGCGAAAAAAGCAAGACGUCAAAAUUUGCUUGGCAUUCGCGCGAAUAUGAACCGGGCUUCAAUCUUCCUGUAUGAGUUGUACAUAUUUUUUAUUAACAGUAAUUGCCUUAUACCAUUAGGAGCUUAAUUUUGAAAUAUAUGUACAGUUAGGUGAUUUUCCUGUAUGUUUUUGUAUGAAAUGCAUUUAGUUGGUAAAGGUGUUGAUUCAUGUAGACAGUACUGCUGCUUUUAUUUUUUUCUUUCUUUACGAUUGCAUACAUCUCUUAUCAAGAAAUCUCUUGAAUGUUUUUUUUCUUCACCAAGGCAAGCAUGUCCUGUUGAAUUUAUAGGGUCAGGCAGUUUCAGAGAAGUAAAAAUAAGAAACCAAACCCACUUACUGUAACAGAGAAAUAAAAAGGACUUGUUGAAGUACAUUUCAAGCAUCAGCAAGAGCGUCGAGUGUCCAUGAAGGCAUGCUCAGGAUGCUUACAAAAAAGGUCAGAAUGGCUUAAAUUUUGAUGCCUUUUGAGGUGUCCUGAUUUGGAAGUUUACACUAUUUUUUGUAUGGACAAAAUUUGGUGCUGAUGGAAUCUGCUGGAACCCAAUCAGGUUCCUCCUUGAACCAUGACCCUAUUUCUCUGCAGUUAAAAACACUGCAUUUAUCUCAAUGUUAAUUUAGGGUAUAAGACUGAGAGAUCAAAAUAAAUUGCAAGUUAAGCCCGGUGCAGACUCCAUGUGAACGUGAAGCGAAUUUGAUGUCACAUGACUGUUUUCACAGCAACUGUUUCGCAGGAGUUGAACACAGCUCAAAUAUUCAUUGCAAAUUUGUGAUGUCAAAAUUCGUAUCGCAUUCGCAGUUUCAACCGAUGUUAUGUAACCAUAAACUCAAACCCACUGCUCUUUAACUUUCUUCUUCAAGUAUUAUUUUCCUUGUUUUUUUUCGAAGGUUUAACUUGAAAUGCCAGCAUUCAAAAUGUUAUUUUCCCCAAAUUUUGUAUGUACUAUUUUAUAUUAACAAAUUAAUCUUAUGUUAGUAGAGUGUCUUAUUUCCCCAUAGUUUAUGAUCAAAGCAGUGUGCAUAGAGAAAUUAUAUUUUAUACUGUUUUUUGUUCCUGCUGCACAAUUUAAUAUCUCACACUGUGUAUAUAGUCCAGUAGGCUUUAGUUGACAAAGUUACACGCGUUUCAGACGGGCACGCCUGAAUUAAUUCUGAAUUAAGUACAUGUAAAGUUUGACGUCUGAAACAGUUAGGAGCGACUGUACACACUAGAAGUCGAAA